ACCUUCAUCAGAUAGUUCAGACUUUCAAAGCUCAACAACAAUGGCGUCUUCUCUCUCUACUCUCUUUCUACUCCUCUCCUUAAUCUCACCAGCACUUUCUCUCACAUGUUCUUCACAGAAAUUCUCAAACAACAAAGUUUUCAAUCAAUGUGUAGACCUUCCAACUCUCAACGCUUAUCUUCACUGGACCUAUACAAAAUCAGUUCUCUCCAUCGCCUAUAUCGCUCCACCUGCGUUAUCAAACGGCUGGAUCGCUUGGGCGAUUAAUCCCACCGGUAAAGGUAUGAUCGGAGCUCAAGCGCUUUUAGCAUCCAAAGCAUCGAACGGAUCGUUAACAGUUCAAACAUACAACAUUACAUCAUACAGCGGGAUCGUACAAUCGAAAAUUGCAUUCGAUGUAACCGAUCUAACCGCUGAACAUUCCGGUGAAGAUUUCCAGAUCUUCGCUACUUUAGCGUUGCCGGAGAAAUUGACGACGAUUAAUCAGGUUUGGCAGGCCGGCGGUGUUGUAACUAAUGGAAUGCCGGCGAUUCAUAGUUUUGGUCCUCAAAAUCUACAAUCUACUGGAAUGCUUAAUUUGAUUUCUGCUUCUACGCCUUCGCCUGUUGGUGCUCCUCAUCCAUCUGCUAAUUCGCCAUCUCCUAGCUCUAGUAAAGCUCCUUCGUCGCCGAAUUCACCGGCUCCUGGUACAGCGCCGGCGCCUACUACUACUAUUCCGAAGAAUGCAGGUAAGAAGAUUGAGAUUGGAUCUUCGAUAGUAAUUUUAUUAUUCUUCUUCCUUGUUUCUUUCUAUUAGAUUACAAACAAUUGAUCGAUACUAUGAGGUGAGUAUUACCUCUUUGAAUUUCUGGAAUAAUUUUAACGAUGAACACAGUUUGAUGAUUAUUGUAAUUUGAUCAAGUUUUGUUUUGCUGCA